UCCGCCCUCUGCCCGCAUCGAGGCUGUGCAGAGGGUUGGGCCGCGCCUGCGCGGCAGCGGCUCGGGGCCGGCCGCGUAGGGUGCGCAGCUGCGGGCGUAGCGUGGAGCCGCAGAUGGAGCCUCCCCCCAGCGCAGCAGAGAAUUCUAAGCUGAGACAUGUAGAAAAAGAUGUUUUAAUUCCACAAAUAAUGAGAGAGCGAGCUAAGGAGCUGUGUUCAGAUAAAGUGCAAGCAUUUACUAAGUGCUGCAAAGAAACUGGUUUCCUUAUGGUGGUAAAGUGUCGGAAAGAGAACACGGCACUGAAAGAUUGCCUCGUUGGCUACUAUACUGAUCCAUCAUUCAAUGAAGAAUGCAAAGCAGAAUAUUUGAAGCAAAGAGAAGAAUACAGAGCAACUGGGAUUAAGAAAAAAAGGCAAAAGAUUACUUCAAAUGUAUAGUUCAAAUCAACUGUUAACAGUUUUAUAUCUAACUUAAUAAUUUGACUUGAUUUAAACAGACUUCUUUUAAAUCAUCAGUAUCUCCUGGUAAAAUUUAGCAGCAAGUCAGUAAAAGAAAUCUCUCUGAAGCUGAAGAUCAACAUUUCUCAUUUUCUGUACUGAAGUUUAUAAUGCAUGCAGUUUCUCUUGCAAACUUUGACAGCAAAAGCCUGCUCCUCCAUCCAGACUUGAGAUCUAUUACCAAUUAACAAACAGCCUUUUGAAAUGUAAAGCUUGCAUCUAGUUCUACGUGGCAAACUACAUAAAAAUUUAAGGGUGAAUAAAUGUAAACUAUAUUACCAAAUCAUACAUUGGGUAUAUACUUAAACUGGUCUUUUUGUCACCUGAAGUUGAGAGUAUAUGGAAAUGUUUUUGAUGCUUUUGCUAGAAGGGUGGCAAAUGCAGAAAAGACCCUGGGCCAAUUUUCUUCAUCUUUUUCAUGAAAAUGCUGAGUUGUAAGAGCUCAAUAUUUAUUCUACCUGCUUUGUGACUUAAAUUUUGAGUUUGCAAUAUCAAGAGAUGAAUGUUCCAUGCCCUUGUGAGGCACAACUGACUGCUUCAGCUCUGGAGAAGAACUCAAGAGUUGGCCCAUACAGACUUUCCUUGAGAAUAGGAAGAGGCACAAUGAGGGCAAGAAAAAUCACUGAGAGGAAUGUCUUCCCCUACUGUCAUUUUUUCAGCAUGAAGGUGAUUAAAUACACUUCCAUACUUCAGGUGUGACCACACUUGCAAAAUGAUUAUGGAUGAACAAACAACUAAACUACGUACUUAAGAUGCAGGUCAGUUUUUAAACAUCUAUUAAUGCUGUUGCAAAAACUUAGUGUAAACAAGUCCUUAUGGGAAAGGGGUACACAAAGUAUUUCUUGCAUACAGAUACUUAAAGCUGCAUAAUCAUAGAACUCUAAAAUGUAUGAGUAUGGAAAGGCCACAUAGGAUAUCUGUUCACGUGGUAACCUUCAUGUCACAAUAUAAAAAAUGAAAUAAAAAUAUCCUUUGCCUAAGUGAUAAAA